GAAUUUCUAACUAAACGCGGUAUCGGAAUCUAGUUGCUGGCCCUCGAUCCGGCGUCCAUACUCAUAUACUACCGCAAGGGGCUUCCGCUUGUUUUUGCUCUCUUCGGUUAAUAAUAUAUCGCAGAGGAAAGUUGUUACAGGCUAUUAACCUAGGUCGUUGGCACCCGAAAAACUCGCGUCCGGCGCCGUCGCCGUCGUCGUCGCCCGAUGGCCAAGGAAGGAGACGAGCCGCCGGACUUGGAGAGGGGAUCCAGGCCCGGGUCCGUAGUCAUCGUCGUCGUUGCGCCACCAGCAAACUUCGGCGCCCGGCCAAGGUCCUCCGCUGCCUCCGGCGGAGAAGACGACGACGACGAUCGCAAGAUGCCGAACUACGUUUGGGUGCCUCUGCAGCUGCUGCUGACGGCGGUCGCGUGCUGCCCGCUGCUGGCGCUGGUUAUGACGCGGACGGACUGGGUGGAGAAGGUCGUCUUCUCCGCCGUUCUGCUGCCCACCGUCGUCGGCGUCUUCUUCUUCCUGCGCGCCGUGUGCAAGAGGCCGCGCAUGGCCGUCGUUGCCAGCAUGAUCAAGAGAUAGAGCCCUGGUCGGCUCGCUUCAGCAUCUGACGUCCACAUACAUGAGCACUAACCACAUCCACACGACACACAUCGUAUGCUUUGAAGUGUUAUAUAAGAGAGACCUAUACACGUGGUGUGUACUAGGUGUAUGAUUUGAUGUUUAAGGGUCCAACUCAUGCGCGUGUGGUCGUGCUUGUGUGUUUGUUAAUAGAUGUGUUAGUGCCACUGUCAGUCUUAUAUGUGUAUAAUUUUUUUCCUUUUUUUUGUGGUGUUAUAAGCUUCAGAGUGAAGAUUACUUCAACCAAAACAAAAGGAGGAUAUGUUGAAAUCAUUAUUACUGCAAGAAUGUG